CUUCGCGCUGCUCAGUGCGAGGUUGCUCGCGUUCACAACGCUGAGCCGCAUUCCAGUCGCGCCACCGAAUGGGAUAUUUCUGCCAGUUUUGGAAUUUAACCAUGAGUGGGACAUGCGAUCCAAGGACCACUCGAACGUGAGCCCUGGCCAAGACUUGAGGUGGAUUACUGUUUUAAGAGACUGCAAAGAAUUAUUGGAUCAAUAAGGACUGUUCUUCCUCCUUUUAUUGUUAGUUGAGUUAGUUCAAAAGUCACUGACUGAAGAAUAAUAACGUCCAACCCUGCCCAUACUUGCGAACCAGUGCAAAUAUGUGGCCUCAUCAGGGGUUGCAUUACGUUACAAGCCAAGGGAUGGUCAUGCUCCUUGUGCUGCUAACUAUCUCCAUACCCCCUCACCUUUCUGACGGAACCCCAGAACCAUUAAAAUCCUUCUUUCCACCUGACUUGGGUCUGACACAUUUAGCCAUCCAUAACAAGACAGGAGAUGUGUACGUCGGUGCAGUAAACUGGAUCUACAAGCUCACCAGCAACUUGACCAAGUUGAGAAGUCACAUGACGGGUCCAGUAGUGGACAAUGAGAAAUGUUAUCCACCUCCCAGUGUACAGUUGUGCCCUCAUGACCUCGCUCCAAACAGCAAUGUGAACAAGCUGCUGUUAAUAGACUACUCUCAAAACCGCAUUAUCGCUUGUGGAAGCACCUCGCAAGGCAUCUGUCAAUUUCUGCGUCUGGAUGAUCUCUUUAAGCUUGGCGAACCUCAUCACCGUAAGGAACACUACCUCUCGAGCGUCACCGAGUCUGGAACUAUGUCCGGGGUCAUCAUCUCAGAAGGCCACACCAGCAAACUUUUCAUUGGAACGCCCAUAGACGGAAAGUCUGAGUACUUCCCAACUCUUUCCAGCCGUAAAUUGAUGACCAACGAAGAAGAUGCUGACAUGUUUAGCUUUGUCCACCAGGACGAGUUUGUCUCUUCCCAGUUGAAGAUUCCCUCAGAUACCCUGUCGAAGUUUCCAGCGUUUGACAUCUACUACAUAUACAGCUUCAGCAGUGAACAGUUUGUCUACUACCUGACGUUGCAGUUGGAUACCCAGCUUACUUCUCCUGAUGCUAGCGGAGAACAGUUCUUCACCUCCAAGAUCGUACGUCUCUGUAUUGAUGAUCCGAGGUUCUACUCCUACGUGGAAUUCCCUAUCGGAUGCACCAAGGACGGCGUAGAAUACCGCCUGAUUCAAGAUGCCUAUUUGAGCAAACCUGGAAGGCAAAUUGCAAACUCUCUGGGAGUUUCUGAGCAGGAAGACAUUUUGUUUACGGUCUUCUCGCAAGGACAGAAGAACCGAGCCAAACCUCCUAAAGAGUCUGCACUUUGUCUGUUUACCCUCACAAAAAUAAAGGAGAAGAUUAAAGAUAGGAUUCAGUCGUGCUAUAGAGGAGAGGGCAAGUUGUCCUUGCCCUGGCUACUCAACAAGGAACUGCCAUGCAUCAACUCGCCUCUUCAGAUCGAUGAUCAUUUCUGCGGGCAGGAUUUUAAUCAGCCUCUAGGGGGCACCAGCACUAUCGAGGGAAUCCCGCUCUUUAUUGACAAAGAUGAUGGAAUGACUUCAGUGGCUGCGUAUGAUUACCGUGGCAACACUGUGGUGUUUGCGGGAACGCGCAAUGGCAGGAUGAAGAAGAUUCUGAUCAAUUCAGUGAGUUCGACCAGACCGGCGCUGCUUUAUGAGAGUGUUCAAGUGAGCGAAGGAGGACCGGUUCUCAAAGACAUGCUCUUCAGUCCUGACCUGCAGUUUAUUUACACGCUGACAGACAAACAGGUGACGCGUGUACCGGUGGAGAGUUGUUCUCAGCACACAACAUGCACUGACUGUUUGAGCUCCAGAGAUCCUCACUGCGGAUGGUGUGUCCUCCACAACAUUUGUUCGCGCCGUGAUCACUGUGAGAGGGCCGAUGAACCCCAGCGAUUUGCCUCCCGAGUGGAUCAGUGUGUCGAUCUGACCGUCCAGCCUAACAACAUCUCCGUCACAAUGGCUGAAGUCCAGCUGGUUCUUCAGGCCAGGAAUGUUCCGGAUCUUUCUGCAGGAGUGGACUGCUCCUUCGAGGAUUACAUCGAGACCGAAGGAAUCAUACAUGGAUCAAGAAUCUACUGCCUGUCGCCGUCAGCCAAAGAACUCAUUCCGAUCACACGCCAACAGAGAGACACGCAUGUGAUAAAGCUCUAUUUAAAAUCCAGAGAAACGGGGCAGAAAUUUGCCAGCGUGGAUUUCACCUUCUACAACUGCAGCAUCCACAGAUCGUGUCUGUCAUGUGUGAACGGCUCCUUCCCGUGUCACUGGUGCAAAUACAGACAUUUGUGCACACAGAAUGCCAAGGACUGCUCUUUCCAGGAAGGCCGUGUGAACAUGUCCGAGGAUUGUCCCCAGAUUCUGCCUUCCACACCGAUGUACAUUCCCGUUGGCGUUCCCAAGCCCAUCACGCUGUCCGCUCGAAACCUUCCACAGCCUCAGUCCGGCCAGAAAAACUAUGAGUGCAUCUUCCGCAUCCAGGGAGAGGCGCACAGCGUGACGGCACUGCGCUUCAACAGCUCCAGCAUCCAGUGCCAGAAAAGCACGUACAACUAUGAAGGAAGUGACAUCAGUGACCUCCCUGUCGAUCUGUCUGUGGUGUGGAAUGGAAACUUCAUCAUCGACAACCCCUACAACAUACAAGCUCACCUGUAUAAGUGUUAUGCAUUGAGGGAGAGCUGCGGGUUGUGUCUGAAAUCGGACCCCAGUUUUGAUUGUGGAUGGUGCGUUCAGGACAGGAAGUGUUCUCUCCGUCAGGAAUGUGCUCAGCCUGAACACACCUGGAUGCACGUCACCGCCGGCAACAGCCGCUGCACCCAUCCUCGCAUCUUCAAGUUGUCUCCUGAAACGGGACCACGGCAGGGCGGAACCAGACUCACCAUCACGGGAGAGAAUCUGGGCCUUCAGUUCAAAGACAUCCAGAAUGGCGUUCGGAUCGGUAAAGUGUCCUGUCAGCCCAUCGAGGAGGAAUAUAUCAGCGCUGAACAGAUUGUAUGUCGUCUGGCUGAUGCCACAGGUUAUCGUGUACAGGAGUCUCAUGUUGAGGUGUGUGUCAGGGACUGUCUCCCUGAGUAUCGAGCCGUGUCUCCUAAGGCCUUCACAUUUGUGUCUCCAUACUUCACACGUGUGGUGCCGUCACACGGUCCAAUUUCCGGAGGCACCAGAAUCACAAUUCAAGGCAGCCAUUUGAACGCCGGCAGCGCAGUGUCCAUUAAAAUCGGACUCAAUACCUGCAGCUUUGAGAGGCGAGGUUCCCGUGAGAUCGUAUGUGUGACUCCAGCGGGUUUGGGUUCUGGCGGGACUCCAGUCAUGGUGGAUAUAAACGCAGCAGAGUUGAGAAACCCAGAGGUGAAGUUUAACUACAUGGACGACCCAAUAAUACUGAGGAUGGAACCCGACUGGAGCAUCGCCAGUGGUGGAACCCUGUUAACGGUCAUCGGCACGAAUCUCGCCACUGUCAGAGAGCCGAAGAUGAGAGCCAAAUAUGGGAGCAUCCAGUCGGUCAAUAACUGUACUGUUGUGAACAACACCGUGAUGGUCUGUCUGGUUCCAUCUGUGGCCGGCUCGGAGAGGGGCUUCUCAGAGGUGGGAAGCGUUCCGGAUGAGAUUGGAUUUAUCAUGGAUGGCGUUCAGUCUCUCCUGGUGGUUAAUGAGAGCUUCAGUUUCUAUCCUGACCCCGUGUUCGAGCCCCUCAGCCCAUCAAUGCUGGAGCUCAAACCCGGAUCUCCACUGAAAUUGAAGGGGAGGAAUCUCAUUCCUUCAGCGGCCAGCAACUACAGGUUAAACUACACCGUCCUGAUCGGUGACAAACCGUGUGUGUUGACCGUCUCUGAAACACAACUGGUGUGCGAGUGGCCUAAUCUCACCGGCAAGCAAAAAGUCACCGUGCUGGCUGGAGGAUACAGAUAUUCUCCUGGAACUCUACAAAUCUACUCGGACAGUCUACUGACUCUUCCCGCCAUCAUUGGAAUUGGGGGAGGAGGAGGUCUUCUUCUUCUGGUCAUCAUCAUCAUUCUCAUUGCCUACAAACGCAAGUCCCGAGAUGCCGACCGUACACUGAAGCGCCUGCAGUUACAGAUGCACACCCUGGAAUCCAGAGUCGCCCUGGAGUGCAAAGAGGCAUUUGCCGAGCUGCAGACUGAUAUCCAUGAGUUGACUCAGGACCUGGACGGAUCUGGAAUUCCGUUCCUUGAUUAUCGUACAUACGCGAUGAGAGUCCUUUUCCCGGGAAUAGAGGACCAUCCUGUGCUGAAAGAGAUGGAGGUGCCAGCCAAUGUGGAGAAAGCUCUGACUCUCUUCGGGCAGCUCUUGAAUAAGAAGCACUUCCUGUUGACAUUCAUCCGGACGCUAGAGGCUCAGCGCUCCUUUUCCAUGAGGGACCGCGGUAACGUUGCAUCUCUCAUCAUGAGUGCCUUGCAGGGGGAGAUGGAGUAUGCGACCGGCGUACUGAAACAGCUCCUGUCAGACCUCAUCGACAAGAACCUGGAGAGCAAGAACCACCCCAAACUUCUGCUUAGAAGGACUGAAUCAGUAGCUGAGAAGAUGCUCACAAACUGGUUUACGUUCCUUCUCUACAGGUUUCUAAAGGAGUGUGCCGGUGAGCCUCUCUUCAUGCUAUACUGUGCAAUAAAGCAACAAAUGGAAAAAGGCCCAAUAGACGCCAUCACCGGUGAAGCCCGCUACUCCCUCAGCGAGGACAAACUCAUCCGACAGCAGAUCGACUACAAAACUCUGACUCUGCAUUGUGUGAACCCCGAGAAUGAGAGCGCUCCCGAGGUCACGGUCAAAUGUCUGAACUGCGACACCAUCACGCAGGUCAAAGAGAAGAUACUGGACGCCCUAUUUAAAGGCAUUCCGUACUCGCAACGGCCCAAAGUUGGAGACAUGGACUUCGAAUGGAGGCAGGGUCGUAUGGCCAGAACUAUUCUCCAGGAUGAAGACGUGACCACUAAAAUCGACAACGAUUGGAAGCGUCUCAACGCGCUGGCGCACUAUCAGGUAACGGACGGGUCAGUUAUCGCAUUGGUCCCCAAGCAAAACUCCGCCUACAACAUCUCCAACUCUUCAACGUUCACCAAAUCCCUCAGCAGAUAUGAGAGCAUGCUCAGAACCGCCAGCAGUCCAGACAGCCUGCGCUCCAGGACGCCCAUGAUAACUCCGGAUCUGGAGAGCGGAACCAAACUCUGGCACCUGGUGAAGAACCACGACCAUGCAGACCAGCGAGAGGGCGACCGCGGCAGCAAGAUGGUAUCUGAGAUCUACCUGACGCGUCUGCUCGCUACCAAGGGUACGUUGCAGAAAUUCGUCGACGAUCUGUUCGAGACCAUCUUUAGCACAGCUCACCGUGGCAGCGUUCUUCCUCUCGCCAUCAAAUACAUGUUUGACUUCUUAGACGAGCAGGCGGACAGACACGUGAUAUCAGACCCUGACGUCAGACACACGUGGAAGAGCAACUGUUUGCCGUUGCGGUUCUGGGUGAACGUGAUCAAGAACCCUCAGUUCGUGUUUGACAUCCAUAAGAACAGCAUCACAGAUGCCUGUCUGUCCGUGGUGGCUCAGACCUUCAUGGACUCGUGCUCCACGUCGGAGCACAAACUGGGCAAAGAUUCGCCGUCCAACAAGCUGCUGUAUGCGAAAGACAUCCCCAACUACAAGAACUGGGUGGAGAGGUAUUACUCUGAUAUCGCACGCCUUCCUGCCAUCAGCGAUCAGGAUAUGAGCGCAUAUCUCGCCGAACAGUCUCGCCUGCAUUUAAAUCAGUUCAACAGCAUGAGCGCGCUGCACGAGAUCUUCUCCUACAUCACCAAAUACAAGGACGAGAUCCUGUCGGCAUUGGAACGGGACGAGCAGUCGCGCAGACAGAGACUCAAAUCCAAACUGGAGCAGGUGAUUGACACCAUGGCUCAAUCCAGUUGAUCAGACCGAGCAUACACACACUGCUUCUGCUCUGAUUCAGCGGACCGCUGGAACACACACACUCCCGUGUAUUUGUGUGUUUUUGCAAGGACACAACCACAAACUUUGAAUGUAUGUGGUGCAGAUUUGGUUUCUGAUUAUUGGGAGUAAUGUCGAGUGCGGUGGUUAUUUCACACAACACACAGACGGACUGAUGCUUUUUCCUGUUCUGAAGAAACAAUGGGGAUCUCUGAUGAAGUCAUGUGACAGUGUCACGAGCCAAUGAUCCUAGGAAAAGACGUUUGGAUUUGCGUGUUUACGAUUGUUUUAUUUGUUAUUAUUUUGUACAAAUGUAUCAACUGCCCACUCUCACUUGUGUUACAGCUGAAUUUGCACAGUUUACAGAAUCAAAGAUAAUCAGCUUCCGUCAUCUUCACAUGAGACGCAGCGACACGCCUCGUAUCAUUCAGAUGCUAUAGGGGUUGACAAAGAUGAAUUUUAUAAUAAACAAAAGGACAAAAAGAAGGAGCAAAAAUACAAAUAUGAAACCUGUCCUGUGCCAUGUUUUAGUUAAAUGUCGUUUAAUGGGAAAACGUUUUAGUGGGAAUGUGUUCUUGUUGUUUUGAAAUGGAAAAAAUGCAUUGAAGCAACACGCUAAAGGAUCUCAAAAGGUUUUACAUCAAAGCUUGAAACAAAGUUUAAUCUGCUCACACCCAUCAAUCUGCAGCAUCAUCUUACGAGAUCUAUCUAGUGGCAUUUUCAAAAGAUAAAUGAAUCACAAUUUGUAAAAAUAAGUAUAGUUUAAGGACCGUUCAGAUAUGUGACCUGGACAUGUUUUUAUGAGCUUCCGCUGCUGCUCUCUACGUUUAUCUCCAUCCUCUUUCAGCACUUUCAUCUUUUAGAAAAAGUCGCAAUUUGAAUAUAAAUAAGAGGAAGAGAGAGAGAGAGUUUCAUGAGUCAGUGUUUCUAUAGUGUGUCGAUAUAAGGAGGAAUAAUAGUCUCAUUCAUCACAACUGGUCAGACAAGAGAAAGUGCGUUUGGGGUUAAUGAGACGAUUGUUUUAACCUGUCAUUCACCAGCGAACGUUUCCACGUCAAUGAAUCAACACAUUACAGUGUACGAACAGGUACGAAAGUUGAAAUGGUUGAGAUCUGCAGGGAUCACUUUUCUGUUUUUGAAUCCAUGUUUCUUUCACUUCCAAAAAGCUUGUGGCCAGUUUCUUAGUUUGCCGGCAUGUUGAAGGUUCAAUGCAAGUUUGGCUCUGUCAACAGUAUUUGUGGCUUAAUGUUGAUCUUAGACAGAAAUUAAAAGAUUUGCUCCUUUUUUGACGCAAAUAUUAUAGCAACAGAGAAUUCCAGAAGCUUUAAAUGCAAGCUCAUAUUUUUGAGUAUUUCGGUCACAGAAAUUAUUCCACAAAUGCUGUCAAUGAACAUUCACUUGUAAUGCUAUUUACAUUUUUGUACUUUUUUUUUUCAAUAUCUCAGUGUGAUGAAGGUUUUUUAAGAGUUAUAUUGUAAACUGCUCUCUGACUGGUGUUGAGAUGUUAAGAGUCUGUUCGGUGACAUAAUCAUCAGCAUUCGUUUGCUUUUAACAAACAAUAGAGAGAGAAGAAAGAAAGUCUUUUUAUAAACACAGAUGUGGGGAUUUCUAGUCAUCUGAAUUAAAACAAACCUUAUGUUGUGCACAAGUCUACACAUAGUCCCACACUGAAUCAUGUUUUACACACACACACACAGUUAUCUUGACAUGUACUAAGAUUGUUGUAGUGUUGAUGUAUUUGGGCCGGUGUUAGUAUGGUUGAAAAUACGUUUACCCUCUCUCUCACAUGCUUUAAAACACACAAAAAAACAUCUCAGGAUCUUCCUCUCGCUCUUCAGUUUAACAUUCUUUGACUGUGAACCAGAGAAGUGUGUCAGAGAGAACAGCCAUAGACAGACACAUUAGCAGAUAGCUUGAGUUUCUCAUUGGGUGCAAAUCUUAUCAAAUGUAAAAAACAUGUUUUAAUUUAUUUAUAUAUGAUGUUGUUGUUGUUUUUCCAGAGAUUGUGUAUACUGGUGCUGUGGUUGCUUUUUGAGUUUGAAACAAUCGUUUUUUUCUCCCUCUCCUUUUAAUGGAUUCUGAACUUUGAUGAAAUGUGACGCAGAGACAAACUCGUCCCCCACUCCACCUUGCUGCUUCUUUCCAUGUAUUUCUGAUAAAAUAAUGAAGAAGCUUCAAAUUGCAAUAAGAUGAAUGUGAACAUUUUGUGUUGAAAUAACAGGACGUUGAAGAAAAUCAUGUUUCAGGAUUCACAGACUGUCACGAGUCGGCUGGUGUCUAUUCAUUGUGUAAAUAUUGUUUUCUUAUUUUGCAGAUAUACUAUUUGUAAAUAAACACGCAUUAAGGAGAGAUUAAACAUUGUUUUUUGCUAAAACUAAUUUGUGGUUACUCUCUGGUUUUGUCCAACAUGAGAAAAUAUUUUGUACUUUGUGAUUAUUAUUACUAAAAAUUCAAUUCGCAGGUUUACUUUGUCAUUUCCAGACAUUUAUAUCAUGGUCUUAUAAAUGUAAAUGGUCUUUAGUAGAAUAUUCUGUGUAGUGUGUAAGAUAUUUUAAACGGUGUAGUUAUGUUGUGGUAAUUUCAUGUUAUGAGUUUUAUUUCCUUUUAUUUGGGAUCUCGUAAAUGCUCUUCAGUUUCAUAAUGAACCCAUAAUGAUUUGCUCCUGGGACACCCAGUUUCCAUCUCAAAUGGAAAGAUUUUAAUCAUUUCAAUAACAUUGUGGGGAUGCUUCUCUUAUGUAAAUCUGUGUAAAGAGAGCUGAACCUGCGGUGAACACAAAUAUUUCUCCUCAGAUAACAUUAUUACUGUGUGUGAGUGUUUGAACGUGGUUUAUGAGGAUACAAAUUGUAUAACAACAUGGGUAGUACAACAAAUUUCAUAAAAAUGAACUGAAAGGCUUAUAAUAACUUACACAGUUAUUUGUAU